AUGCUCCCGAACAAUACUCGCGCCACAUCCCCCGUCUUGCCAGCCACAACGUCCAGACUGACGGAGCUGGAUACGUCAAUUGCGUGGCUCGAUCACUGGCUCGAAAAAACCAACGGCCCCGCAUCUGAUGCUCCUCCCGGGCUCCGUGGCGUCGCGCAGCGGGACCGCGUCGACAUGAGCGACCGACUCGCUGAGAAAGAAGAGGAGCGGGACCUACUGGAUGCCGAGCUGUUCGACUCCGCGAGCGACCACGAUGGUUACGCCACCGAGUCCGACAUCGAGAAAAACGGCCAGUCCAGCGACGACGAGAGUGGCUACGACGGCGACGACGACAGCGACGACGCGCAUGGUCAACUUCUGCUCGUUCGCCGGCUUGUCUCGCCGCCGCUCGAGCACAAUGAAUAUCGCGUCGUGAGCCCUCCACCAAUAUUCUUGCAAAACCGAGCUCUAGCUCGCUCGAGUCCUGGACAGCCGUCACAUGUUCCCGGAUACAGCGGCCAAGCACCCAGAGACGACGACGUUCGACAAGCAGCUCGUACAGUGGUAUCUACCGCUGUUCAGUUCGCGUCGAAAAGACCAACAAUAAAUACAACUGAACAAGGCGCCGGCUUGUCUCGCAGCCACCACCCCCAAUACAACGUACCUUCGGGACGCGCCGACCACGUCGUGGCCCCACUCACCACAAGCGGCUACCGGGACGCUUCCGAGAAGGAGAGCCGAAGGGGGAAGAAACGAGCACUGGAGGUCGAGGAAGUCGAGGAAGAGGAGGUCGAUGAAAAGCCCCGGAAGAGGCGCGCUGCGAACAAGGAGAAUGUUGCCGCCGGAUCCAGCAAGUACGACGACGAUAACGAUGGCCUUGAGAGCCGCAGGCCUCAGCGCAGCGCAGUCCGCCCAUCCUUCUGCCACCCAUCUCGUUAUGUGGAGAACCGCGACCGACUCCGUGCGGCAGGUGCUGCCAAUGUCCCGCCUGCCACGCCUGUUGCUCCGCCUGCCCCUAUUCCAGCCGCGCCCGUUGCUGCGCCGAUUCCCGCGAUCGCCGUACCAGCCGCGCAGCCGGCUCAAGGUGCCUUCAUCAUUAUACCACCUCCGCCCGCCGCACCAGCUCCGCCGGCUCCUACCUACCUCCCGCCAAUCAUCCAGGUACUCGCUGAUCUCCCUAACCCGCCGUACAACAUCGUGCUGCCUCCGAUCGUCGCACAUCAGCCUCCGGUCAUCGCAAACCAGCCGGCGACAACGCAGAACCCCAGGAUGCAGCUGGGCUUCAUCAUGAUGUAG